GGUUGCUGUGUGUCAUGGCAGACGAGGGGGUGGAGGGGGUUCAGGAAGUGCGGAAGCCAGCGCGGCGUAGUCCUUCGACGGGACACAGGAAGCGUCGCCAUCCGGAAAUAAAAAGGAGCCUGUCUUCCCCGAGGGAGAAGGACAGGCUGACUAGUUCCGAAGAGGAUCUCAUUGACAAGUGCAAUGAGAUCUUGGAACAGGCCAAGCUGAUAAAGCGAAAGGGAAAGAACAAGUUCGAUGAGCUCAAACAAGAAGAAGAAGCUAAGCAAGUGAAAAAAGAAGAUACGCAGUCCUGGUUCAGAUCUCUCUUUACUAAGAAGGAAUCUCUUGAACAACCAGUAAAGAUUAAAAACAAAAAAGAAAUAAUUCCGCUGCCUAUUGUUCCAAGUGAGCCUUUCGAAUGGCGCGAAUUUAAGCGUGACGUGAAACUGGAAUUCGUCAGAUUCAAAAUAGAAUUCAGACACGAAGUCGAUAGGCUGAAGAAGUUGAGGAACCGAUGUAUUAGCGAUCUCGUCAUUGCUUUUAUCUAUUGCGGACUGGGUGCUUUCGUCUUCAAAUUCACCGAAGGAACAUUCGAGUCGUAUUACAAGUGCGGGGUGAAGCGAGUGAAGAGGGACUUCAUCGACGAGCUCUGGCGGGGCAGCCACUUCCUGCGGGAGGACGAAUGGAAGUCGAAGGCGAGGAGGAAGCUGAUGGAGUUCGAGAACCAGCUGCAGGACGCCUUCGAGGCUGGCAUGAACAGCUACAGCGGCCAGAGGUCAUGGAGUUUCAUCAACGCUCUCCUCUACAGCCUCACCGUGCUCACCACCAUAGGAUACGGACAUAUCGCGCCUGUAACUACGACCGGAAGGGCGCUGACCAUAGCCUACUCCAUCAUCGGGAUACCGCUGUUCCUUAUCGUCCUGGCUGACUUCGGCAAGAUGUUCACCAGGGGAAUCAAGUUCGUAUGGGCCUUCGUCAGGAGGGUUUACUACACCGGAAGCUGCAGGAAAGUUCGCAAGGCGGCUCCUAUGCAGGAGGUGAUGAAGGGGGUGCAGAUCAUGUACGACCUGGCCCACCUGCGGAGGCCCUCCCAGGCGGGGGCGGCGCCUCCCCUGCCACCGCGGGCCCCCACGUCCCCGUCCUCGGCCCCGCCGACACCAGCGCUCUCUACCUUCGCCAUAGACGACGAGUUCAACCUUCCGAUAUCCGUGGCCAUCUUCAUCCUCUUGAUUUACAUCUUCUUCGGAGCCGCCGUGUUCUGGGUAUGGGAGACCGACUGGACCUUCUUCGAAGCCUUCUACUUCGUCUUCAUAUCCAUGUCUACCAUUGGCUUCGGUGAUCUGGUUCCACAGAACCAGAUGUACAUGAUGGCUUCGAUCAUCUACUUGGUGUUUGGUUUGGCUUUAACAUCUAUGUGCAUCAACGUAGUCCAGGAAAAGCUUUCAGACACAUUCAGACAAGCGAGUGUCAAAAUUGGAGCGACGAUUGGUCUGAAGGUAUCUCAGGACGACGGAACGGGUUCCCCGGUGUCCCCAACUCACGUGGAAAUCGCCGAAGUCCACAAACCUCAGCAUCCUGAAGCCCCUGAACUUUAAUUUUAUUUAAAUGCAGCGCCCUUGAUUUUAUAUUGUGCUCAAUUAUUACUUAUUAGAAAGAAGGUUUGUAUCUACUACUGGACUGGCGCAACCUUUAAUCUAGAAAGCUCAUGUCAUAUUACUGCAAGUCUAAGGCUUUCAACGGUACUUUUAAAAGUGGACAAAACUGUUAGCAUUAUCGAAGGAUUUCACAGGCUCUAGAGCUAUGGGUUAGCUAUGUAUAUUGAACUCGUGCUAUUAACCGCUACUGAGCGGUAAAAUUUUAAAUUCAUAGAGUAAUAUUGGAUUUUUAUAGUUUAUUAAAGUAGCUGAAAGUAUAUUCGUCCAGAUCAGGGGUCUCCAAACGUUUUGACCUGAGGGCCACAUUGAGGCCUCGACUAAGUUCCGCAGGCUGAAAUGAAACCUCCACCCAAGUCCCGCGGGUCAUGGCUUGUGAUGAAAAACAAAAUCUUGUUCUAUAAAUCAGCUGUGAAAUGAGCUUUCUAUGAGAAAAAAACACGCAAUAAAUGUUGUAGGAACCUCGUUUGAGAGAAAAUUGGUAUAUUUCAUAUUUUAUUUAAUUUUAUCGUAGAAUCAAAGAAGCUUUCGCAUACCGGCUUGAAAAUCUUUGUGGACCGUAGUUUGGAGAUCCUUGGUCCAAAUAAUACGAUGAUCUAUGUAUACCAUUAUUAUCCUAUUUAAAUUCAUUCAAUUUGGUGCUUUCUAAUAUAAUCAUAGGUUAUAUAAGUAAGAUAUCUAUUUAUUAAAAAAUCAAUAACUAAGGUAGUUUUAAUUUAUUUUUCAGAUAAAUAUUAUUGUAAAAAGCAGCAUUACCAAGUAAUUUUCGACUUUAACCAGACUGUCAUUGAACUAGUUGUAAUUUCGAAAAUUAUCAGCGUAAUCCAAAAAUUCUAGCUUUCAAUGAUAGGAAUCCGUUUUAGGUUAUAAUAGAUGACUUGUAUGAUAACUUGAGCAUCAUUUCUUAUUGUGAAACGUCUAGGGUCUUUUUUACUUAAGUUUACCAGUUACUUUUUUAACACUUAUGUAGGACUGUUGCAGAUAUUUCGUAUACACCAGAUUUGAUAAAUUGUUGUGAUUGUACAAAUGGGAUUAUAACCUGCAUUAUUAUCGGAUCCAGGAUUUAAUUUUUGGGGGAAUCUUCAGCCUGAAGGAUUUUUUUCAUAUAUAUAACGAUAAUUAAUUUGAAAAAAAAAGAAUGAAACUAACUACCGAUAUGACAUGAUGUCUUAGUGAUUCUUCAAGUCCUAUUAAAUGUAAUCACACGAACAAUAAUAGUUUAAGAGAUAGUUUUUAAUAUUUUUUUCUAUAAAACAUGGCUAUAUUUUCCCAUUUUGGGAGGCCUUCAGCCCGAAAGCCCCCCAACUCUCUUCCGUAGUUCCGCCUGUGACCUGAAUUAUAAACGUAUUGUUUUAUUGAGUGUGGGAUUUAAAAAAAAAAAUGAACUUGUUAAAAUUAAAUAACAUUCUUCCAUCACAAAUGAAGGAGUUAUAUUACACAGAAAAUGGAAAAUUGUUCCCGAGGAUAUUACAAGAAAUAUUGCAGGAAAUGAGAAACUGAAGAUUAAUAUCAUUAAAUUUUUAGAGUUUUUGUUAUUCUCUAAGUUGACCUAUUUUGUGUUUAUCUAUUGUUGGAUAUUAAUUUUCAAUAAAACAUUUAUUCUUUUAUGGCAUAUGAUUUCUGAAUAAUAACUUUUAUUUCGCUAAAAGUAACUGGCGAUAAUUAAGUAAAAAAGGUUUUUAUUAAGAUUUUUAAUUAUGCUCAUUUAUAUUGAUAUAUGUACCGAUAUCCUGAAAAACGAAUAAUAUAUAUCAGAGCACGGAAUAUUUUUAAUGAGAAUUCUUAUUGUGAAAGAAACGUUAGGAAAGCAAGAUAGAAGUGAGAUUUAUAUGCAUUGUAAAUAUUGUUAUAUAAUGUUAAGCAUUUAUAUUAAAUGUUUGAGUGAAUGUUUUUUUUAGCUAUAUUUAUUUUAUUAAUACUCUAAAUAAUAGAUUGUUAUUUUUGUUUUUGUAUGGGAUUUCUUUAAAAUAUUUUUUUUUUUGUUUAGUUUUAAGUCAAAAAUAAUGUUUAAAACUGAACAUGGUACUAGAGAGAACCUUUAUAAUUUUUAAAAUAAACAAAAAUUUAUAUUGUUAUUUA